GAAUGUCCUUUUGUAGUUGUUACUGUAUAUUAAAUAGGAGAAUUCCAUGUGCGACAACACACCUUCCCAGAAAAAAAUUCAAAUAAAUGGGUUUCCCAAGAAUAUAAGUUGUAGGAAAUAUUAUGGAAAUUUAGCGGUUUUGCAAUACAGCUCUUGCAUCGAAUUCGAAUCUAGCCUUCGGUUUAUCCCCACCGAUAUAAAUAUAUCGCAUUAUUAAGCUACAAGGAUCGUGAAAAAUACGCUGCUGGUCAGUCAGAGUCAGUCUCCAUUCGCACCUGAAUCGCUUAUGCUGUGGUUUUGAGUUCAGCAGAAAAAUGGCAAAAGUGGAAAAUUUAGACGAGUGCUACAGAAUUAUGGAAAAACUGGUGCUGGAGGCUGGAAAGGUAAUAAUCGAAGCAAUCGAUAAAGAAAAGAAUACAGAAUGUAAAGGAAUUGACUGGGAUUUAGUGACAGAGUAUGAUCGAAAAGUGGAAGAGACUCUAGUCAGAAAAUUAUCAGACCAAUUUCCCCAUCACAAAUUCAUCGGGGAAGAAACUGUAGCCAAGGAAGGAUAUUUGCCGGAAUUGACAGACGAGCCAACAUGGAUAAUAGAUCCUAUAGACGGAACAACAAAUUUUGUGCACCGUUUUCCACACACGUGUAUCUCGAUAGCUCUUCUGAUAAAGAAGAAUAUCGAGAUUGGCGUGGUUUACAAUCCUAUUAUAAAUCAGUUUUUCUCUGCAAGAAGGGACAGAGGAGCUUUCCUAAAUGGAAAACCAAUAAGGACUUCCAUAGUUCAAGAUUUAUCUCAAUCACUGGUAGCAAUGGAGCCCUGGUUGGCAAAGGACAAAACGCUCCUAGUCAGUAUUUACAGAAGAUUGCACGCUUUGAUUCAAACAACGCACGGUAUAAGAACAUUGGGAACUUGUGCACUGUCACUGUGUUAUGUUGCGAUGGGAGCAGUAGAGGCAUAUCACGUGGAAAGUGUAGAUACGUGGGAUGUGGCCGCGGGAAAAUUGAUUAUCGAAGAAGCUGGUGGAAUUGUCAAAGACACGUCCGGAGCAGAAUUAAAUAUCAUGGCCCCUCGAGUAAUUGCAGCAUGUAAUCAACAAAUUGCUGAUAAACUAGUGAAGCUCUUUGAAAAGAGCGAAUUACAACAACCGAAUAAAUAUCUUUCCUAAAUGGAAAGUUUUAAGCUCAAUAUUAAUCUUUUUACUAUUGUACAUAUUAAGACGAUUAAUAAACAUUUUUUGUUUCUAUGUUUAACAUUUAGUACUAUUUUGUCCUCCGCAUUUUUGAUGUCUGUAUUUUCUGGCGAACUAUUACUUAUAAUAGGGACAAUUUUAUUCAUUUAUGAAAUUCGAUAUAAGACUGUACAUUUUUUGUU